AUGGAUUACGACUUCAAAACAAAGCUGGCAGCCGAGAGGGAGAGAGUAGAAGAUCUGUUCGAAUAUGAAGGUUGCAAAGUGGGUCGAGGCACCUACGGGCACGUUUAUAAAGCUAAGCGCAAAGACGGGAAAGAUGAAAAGGAAUAUGCACUGAAACAAAUUGAAGGCACUGGAAUAUCUAUGUCUGCCUGCAGGGAAAUUGCUCUUUUACGAGAGCUAAAGCACCCAAAUGUGAUCGCCCUCCAGAAAGUGUUCCUGUCUCACAGCGACAGAAAGGUUUGGCUCCUCUUUGAUUAUGCUGAACACGACCUUUGGCACAUCAUCAAGUUCCACCGUGCCUCCAAGGCCAAUAAGAAGCCCAUGCAGCUCCCCCGGGGAAUGGUGAAGUCUCUUCUGUAUCAGAUUCUGGAUGGGAUCCAUUACCUCCAUGCUAACUGGGUCCUCCACAGGGAUCUG